CUCAGACUCAACCAAUCGAGUGAUACGCGAAUCGUUUCUGGAUUACUUCUUUUGGGUUCUGUACGGGGACCGAGCACGGGAUAUGAACUUAAGGUCCUCAUGAAAGUUGCGGCGAAGCCCAUUGGGGAAUGUCGGCGUGUCUCUGCUCAGAGCACUAGCUGCGGGUGCCGCUUUCGAUUAUUCUGGCCUGGCUAUGGCGCCUCUCCUCCCCCCCGCCAUGGCUCCCCGUGUCCCUGCUCCUCUCCUCUCAGUGAGCGAAAGUGGCCGCCGCCGCCGUCCCAGCGCCCGCAGCCGCCGCCUCCUUCUCAGCAGCAAUAGCGCGGCCGCCAUCUUGUCGAAGCAGAAGUCGAAGGCGCCGCGGCAGGACACAGGCAGCGCCAACGCAGCAAGGGGCGAGAGGCCGGGAGGGAAAAGCGGGGCGGACAACUCAAGACCUACUCUCGGCCUAAGCCGAGCUACGCACGCAGCUGUGCGUUAGGAGACAUCUUUGCAUGAAGAGAGACUUGUUCUAUGGCCUCAGAGCUGGGUUCAGGAGAGGAUGGCAACUGCACGGAGCUGGCAACACCUCUCUAUCUGCGGUAUUUGGAGAAAGCUCUGCGAUUGGAUCACUUUUUGCGACAGACUUCUGCCAUCUUCAAUAGGACUGCAUCCAGUGAUGAAAGUGAGGAUGGAUUGGAUGACAAUCCUUUGCUUCCUCAGCCUGGGAGUCCCUUGAUGCAAGUGAAAGAAGAGCCUGUAACCUCAUUGCUUGGAGAACCUUCUGGAGCAGGAAGUUCAGGAAUGUUAAACACACAUUCACUCAAUGGAGUGUUACAAUCUGAGCCAAAAACAGAAAAAGGGAGUCUAUAUAACUUUUCCAAAUUGAAGAAAAGCAGAAAAUGGCUAAAGAGCAUUCUUCUGAGUGAUGACUCCAGUGACAGUGAAUCAGUAACUGAUGAAGAUGGGGAAGGAGAAGAAUUCACUCUUUCAAGAGAAGAACUUCACAAUAUGCUGCGAUUGCACAAGUACAAAAAACUGCAUCAAAAUAAAUACAGCAAAGAUAAAGAGUUGCAGCAGUAUCAGUAUUACAGUGCAGGUUUGCUGUCUACAUAUGAUCCUUAUUAUGAGCAACAGCGUCAUCUCAUAGGGCCGAAGAAAAAGAAGUUGAAAGAAGAAAAAAAAUUAAAAGCAAAAUUGAAAAAGGUGAAAAAAAAGAAAAGAAGGGAUGAAGACAUUUCGUCUGAGGAGUCACCACGACGUCAUCACCACCAGAUCAAAGUUUUUGCCAAGUUUUCUCAUGAUACCCCUCCACCAGGGUCUAAGAAAAAGCAUUUAUCCAUUGAACAAUUAAAUGCACGCCGGAGAAAAGUAUGGCUGAGCAUUGCUAAAAAGGAGCUGCCCAAGGCAUACAAGCAAAAAGUCUCUGCCCGAAAUUUAUUCUUGAGUAAUAGCAGAAAGCUGGCUCACCAGUGUAUGAGAGAAGUGCGUCGAGCAGCUAUUCAAGCCCAAAAGAAUUGCAAGGAAACUUUACCAAGGGCACGUCGGCUUACAAAGGAGAUGCUUCUGUAUUGGAAAAAAUAUGAAAAAGUGGAAAAAGAGCACCGCAAAAGAGCAGAGAAAGAAGCAUUGGAACAGCGCAAAUUGGAUGAGGAGAUGAGAGAAGCUAAAAGACAGCAGAGAAAACUUAACUUCCUGAUAACCCAAACGGAGUUGUAUGCCCACUUCAUGAGUCGCAAACGAGAUACAGGACAUGAUGGAAUUCAGGAAGAAAUUCUGAGGAAACUUGAAGAUAGUUCUAUCCAGAGACAGAUUGAUAUUGGUGGAGGAGUUGUUGUCAACAUUACUCAAGAGGAUUAUGAUAGUAACUAUUACAAGGUUCAGGCUUUGAAGAAUGCUGAAGAUGCUUUUCGAAUUCAUCAGGCCCAAACCAGAUCUUUUGACGAAGAUGCUAAGGAGAGCCGGGCAGCUGCACUUCGAGCUGCCAAUAAAUCUGGCACUGGCUUUGGAGAGAGCUACAGCCUUGCCAACCCUUCCAUCCGGGCAGGAGAGGACAUUCCACAGCCUACCAUUUUCAAUGGCAAAUUAAAAGGUUACCAAUUGAAAGGCAUGAAUUGGCUAGCCAACCUUUAUGAGCAGGGCAUCAAUGGUAUCCUAGCAGAUGAAAUGGGGCUGGGUAAAACUGUGCAGAGUAUUGCCUUAUUAGCGCAUCUGGCUGAGAGAGAGAACAUCUGGGGGCCCUUUUUAAUUAUUUCACCAGCUUCCACAUUAAACAACUGGCAUCAGGAAUUCGCCAGAUUUGUUCCAAGAUUUAAGGUGCUACCAUAUUGGGGAAAUCCCAAUGACCGAAAAGUGAUCAGGAAAUUCUGGAGUCAGAAGACUUUGUAUACUCAGGAUGCUUCUUUCCACGUAGUGAUCACCAGUUACCAACUUGUAGUCCAAGAUGUCAAGUAUUUUCAGCGGGUGAAAUGGCAAUAUAUGGUGUUGGAUGAAGCACAGGCACUCAAGAGUAGCUCCAGCGUCCGUUGGAAAAUUUUACUUCAGUUCCAAUGUCGAAACCGACUAUUGCUGACUGGAACACCCAUCCAAAACACUAUGGCUGAGCUCUGGGCUUUGCUUCAUUUCAUUAUGCCAACAUUGUUUGACUCCCAUGAAGAGUUCAAUGAGUGGUUUUCUAAAGAUAUUGAAAGCCAUGCGGAAAAUAAAUCUGCCAUUGAUGAGAAUCAACUGUCACGUUUGCACAUGAUCCUGAAACCUUUUAUGUUGAGAAGAAUCAAGAAAGAUGUGGAAAAUGAACUGUCAGACAAGAUCGAGAUUCUUAUGUAUUGCCAGCAGACCAGUCGACAGAAAUUAUUAUAUCAAGCUCUGAAGAAUAAGAUUUCAAUUGAUGACCUUUUACAAUCCUCCAUGGGCACUACUCAGCAAGCCCAGAACACUACUAGUAGCCUCAUGAACCUUGUCAUGCAGUUCAGGAAGGUCUGCAAUCAUCCAGAGCUCUUUGAGCGACAAGAAACAUGGUCUCCAUUUCACAUUUCACUAAAGCCAUAUCAGAUUUCAAAGUUUCUCUAUCGUCAUGGGCAGAUCAGGGUGUUUAACCAUUCACAGGACAGGUGGUUGCAGUUUUUACUUUCUCCUUUUGCACCAGACUACAUUCAACAGUCUCUGUUCCAUAGAAGAGGUGCUGAGAAAGGGAGUUGUUUCUCUUUCCUACGGUUUAUUGAUGUUUCUCCAGCAGAAUUGGCAAACCUUAUGCAUAAAGGACACCUAGCCAGAUGGUUAGCUCUUUUCCUGUCUCUGAAAGCCGCCUACAGGCUCCACCACUUUCGAUUCUGGAAGGAGCCAGAAAAAGAAGACCAGCGUCAGUCUCGGUAUCUGAAGAAUCAGGAUUUUGUGCUGGAUGUCAGCUUCCCACUCUCCCCACUCAACUUGCACAGCUGCACUUUGCUGCAGGGCCUUGUAUUCACAAGCCACUGUAAAGCAGUAAUCGGCCACUCGGAUUACAUUGUUCAUCAACAGCCAGCUACCUCAUGGAAACAGUAUUGUCAAAUCACAGAGCUGCCGUCCUUUCUGUCCGUUGUGAGCCCACGGGUAACAGCUGUUCCAUUGGAUUUCUAUUGCAAUGAUCGCAGUGCAGAGUAUGAGCGUAAAGCACUUAAAGAAGGAGGAACUCUUGAAGCAAAACAAUGUGUGUUUUAUGGAGCGCCUGAACUUGUAACCAGCUGGCUAAAACGAUGCUCUCAGUUGUUUCCUGAAGCCCCAGGAGGACUAUUGGGGCUCAAACCUCCAAACGGCUGGUCUUUCGUCAGGAUACCAGACAAAGAGAGCUUGAUCACAGACAGUGGAAAGCUUUAUGCUCUUGAUGUUCUAUUGACAAGGCUAAAAUCUCAAGGACACAGAGUCCUUAUCUACUCUCAGAUGACACGGAUGAUUGACUUAUUGGAGGAAUAUAUGGUUUAUAGGAAGCAUACAUACAUGCGGUUAGAUGGCUCCUCGAAAAUUUCAGAAAGAAGAGAUAUGGUAGCUGACUUUCAGAACAGGAAUGAUAUUUUUGUUUUCUUACUAAGCACGAGAGCUGGUGGUUUAGGCAUUAAUCUUACAGCUGCUGAUACAGUCAUUUUCUACGAUAGUGACUGGAAUCCAACAGUGGAUCAACAGGCUAUGGAUCGAGCUCACAGGUUGGGUCAGACAAAACAAGUCACUGUGUAUCGACUGAUUUGUAAAGGCACUAUUGAGGAGCGCAUCUUGCAAAGGGCUAAAGAAAAAAGUGAGAUUCAAAGGAUGGUGAUUUCAGGUGGCAAUUUCAAACCAGACACCUUGAAACCAAAGGAAGUUGUUAGUCUACUUCUGGAUGAUGAGGAACUUGAAAAAAAAUUGCGUCAACGUCAGGAGGAGAAACGGCAACAGGAAGAAACAAAUCGCGUCAAAGAGCGUAAACGUAAAAGGGAAAAGUAUGCUGAAAAGAAAAAGAAGGAAGAUGAGUUAGAUGGGAGAAAAAGGAAAGAAGGCAUCAAUCUUGUGGUCCCGUUUGUUCCAUCUGCAGAUAAUUCAAAUCUUUCAGCUGAUGGUGAUGAGUCUUUUGUUAGUGUGGAGUCUGCCAUGCCCAGCCCUUUCAGUGAGAUUUCCAUCAACAGUGAGUUGCACAUGGGUUCCAUCCCCCCUGAUGAGAGCAGCAAUGACAUGCUUGUGAUUGUAGAUGAUCCAGCAUCUUCUGCACCUCAGUCAAGAGCUACCAACUCCCCAGCUUCCGUCACUGGCUCUGUCUCUGACAACAUGAAUGGAAUUUCAGUACAAGAUUUGCCAGUCACAGGAAGAGGUCAUUCAGGUAGAAGUCGUGGUCGGCCCAAAGGUACAAACAGUGGAUCCAAAAGCACAACAAAAAGUCGGAGCCGAAAAUCAACUGCAGGAAGUGCAGCUGCCAUGGCGGGGGCUAAAGCAGGAGCAGCUGCUGCCUCAGCUGCAGCCUAUGCAGCCUAUGGGUACAACGUGUCUAAAGGUAUGCCUUCAGGUAGCCCUCUCCAGACUCCACUUAUACGACCUGCUGGACUUUCAGAUUUUGGAUUAUCAAGCGCCUCUUCCUCCUUGAGCAAAGGAAACAGUGUUUGUGGAUCCUCUAAGAACUUAAGCUUAGCCAGUUCCUUGGCACCAGAAACCCCUAUUCGAAAACAAUAUAAAGGAGCCCAUAUUUCAGGUGGGCGGUAGUAAUUUUGAAUCCCUGGAACCUAUACGUGUUCAUAUUGGCUUUCAAAGUAGCCCACGCCUACCAGCAAAAGGGUAUAUAGAUGAUGCCUUGUUUUCAUCCCAUGUGGGUGUGAAGAUUACUGCACUACUUGUCAAGAGGUGUUUUAUGUGCACUUUCAUGCAUAGUCCAGAUUUACUACCCUUUGCAGAAUUGUGAGGAAGAGGGUCUGAGACACGGGGAUGCUUGGGCUUAACUUUUCCAUUGAGGAUUUUUUUUUUGUAGCAUCCUACAAAUCAUGCAGGGAAAGAAUCCAACUUCCAUAUGGGACUGGCUGCAAGAUCUCCCCCUUCAUUCCUACUCAUACCAGCACCCUCUGCCCUCAUCUUUCAGGUUUCAUGGAAUUCAGCUUGGUUUUAAAAUAAAGAGAUCAGCAUAUAAACUUUGGAGGUGCUCUGUAGAUUCAGAGGAACCUUCUGCUCUGCGUCUUUUGGAAGAAGCUGUGGAGAAAUAAUUGGAUGGUUCUAAUGUGAUGAAUAGUGAGAUACCAUAAAGAAUAGAAUUCAGGUAAAAGGAGAGUUUUGCACUGUGUCCUAAAAAGGAUCUUUUGUCAAUAUCAUGCAUCUGGAUUACUAGACUACUGUUUUAUUAGUCAGCCCAACAGUAAAACAGGUUAGAGCUCUUCGUUAAUAGCAUUGCCAGCUCUGUAAUCAUAGAGUGGGGAAAAAACCUUUUAAGGUCAUAAUAUGCAGGAGUCAGAUUCAUCAACAUCUUUUAAGCUCCCUCACCCCUCCACCCUCCCCGAAUGUGUUUAUAUGAGUUUAAAGGUUUUAAAAUGGAAUGACAAUUUGUGAAUGACUCUAAAUAAGAAUAAAUCUGAGAGAGAGAAAACAUCACUAUUUCUCCUCUCAUUGUGCCAUAGAAAAGCUUUUGGAUGAUGAUUUAGGUACCACUGUUCACUGUAUUACACAAGAUGAAUAAUGCUGUUUUGUUUCCAUUCUGGUCCUAGUUAAAGUAAAACGUCAUUCAUUCCGAUUCAAUAUGUGUGUAUGUGCACACAGCUGGUCUUAUUUGUCAGCAGUGUCCAUAUCCUUCAGUAGGGUUGGGUUGGAUAGUUCCACUGUGGUGAUCUGGCACUGGUUGAAUGCUCUGUAAAACUAGUGAAGUUGUGAGAGAUUAAUGGUGCCAUUUGUGCAACUCUGCUCUGGUACUCCAUUCUGAAUGCACAAGAACCCUCUGCUUUAGCAUGAUAUGUAUACGGUCCUCAUUGCACUGAGAUGAAAGGGGGGGGGGGCAGUUCUCUUGCCUUCAUAUUGACAGUAAGUGGUUGUUGUUUUUUUCUGGGCAUUUCACCUUUCAAGGGAGAACCAGGUUACGAGGUGAAGAUCUUAGCUAAGUCAGCAAAGGAUUUUUCAGUCUCAUGCACCUUGCCUGGCAUCCCUCAGUGUAGAGCAAGUGCUUCCUGUUGACUUUGCUUCUGAUUUGCACACCUGAAAAUAGCAGAAAUGAGUUCAGUUAGAUUGAUUUCAGAAAAAAAAAUGGAGGGAUUAAUUGGGUGGGGAGGGAUAUUUAAGUUAAAUCAUGAAGAUUUUACCCCGCCCCCCUCAGAUUCACAUGUGUAUAUACAGUGUUUAGAGGGAAUCAAAAAAAUGCCAAGCCUUUUUUUUCCUCUUUGAAUGUGCUGUCUAUUUUUAUAACUGAACUUGUAUAUAUGUAUAAAAAGAGACACAUCUUUCUUUUACUAACUGGAGAAAAGAAUCUUAAAUAAAAUGGAGCAAGAUAAUUUUAUGUAAA